AUGGGUGCAAGUAGGCCUCAGUAUAAGCAGUUUACUUCAUCUGGGUGCAAGUGGGCCUCAGUAUGGACGGUUGGGUUCGUCUGGGUGCAAGUGGGCCUCAGUGCGGACCGGUGUGGACUUGUCUGGGUGCAAGUGGGCCUCAGUACAAGUGGUGAGGAUCUCCGGUGUUGCGGCCUUGCGAGGUCGGGUUUUGUGGUCUUUGUGACGUUUGUUGGGAUUCGAGGACGAAUCCAGUUUAGUGGGGGAGAGUUGUAA